AUGGCGUCCAACGGUACCAAUGGAACUAACGGCCACAAUGGCGUCAGUUCCUACCAUGCCUCCACUACUCAAGAGGCCAUCCAGGCUGAGAAAGACUUCGCUGCCCACAACUACCACCCACUCCCCAUCGUCUUCGCUCGUGCCCAGGGCACCACAGUCUGGGACCCCGAGGGUCGUCAAUACCUCGAUUUCCUGUCUGCGUACUCCGCUGUCAACCAGGGUCACUGCCACCCCAAGCUGGUGGCGGCUCUAGUCGAUCAGGCCUCCCGUUUGACUCUCAGUUCCCGUGCCUUUUACAACGAUGUCUUCCCCCGGUUUGCCGAGUUCGUGACCAAGUACUUUGGCUUCGACAUGGUCCUGCCCAUGAACACCGGUGCGGAGGCGGUCGAGACCGGUAUCAAGAUCGCCCGUAAGUGGGGUUAUAAGGUCAAGGGCAUUCCUGAGAACCAGGCGGUGGUCCUGAGUGCGGAGAACAACUUCCACGGACGCACAUUCGCUGCUAUCUCCUUAUCUUCUGACCCCGAGUCGCGCGAGAACUAUGGCCCUUACCUGCCCGGUAUCGGCUGCACCAUUCCCGGAACGGACAAGCCUAUCGCCUACAACGAUAAGGCCGCCUUGCGGGAGGCCUUCGAGAAGGCGGGUCCCAACCUCGCCGCCUUCUUGGUGGAGCCCAUUCAGGGCGAGGCUGGAAUUGUUGUCCCCGACGAGGAUUACCUGCAGGAGGCCAGAGCCCUGUGCGACAAGCACAACGUUCUGUUGAUCUGCGAUGAGAUUCAGACUGGUAUUGCCCGUACUGGUAAGCUGCUCUGCCACGAGUGGAGCGGCAUCAAGCCUGACAUGGUGUUGCUGGGCAAGGCCAUCUCCGGUGGCAUGUACCCCGUGUCCUGCGUGCUGGGCCGCAAGGAUGUGAUGCUCACUAUCGAGCCGGGCACCCACGGUUCGACCUAUGGAGGUAACCCGCUGGCUUGCGCGGUCGCUAUCAGAGCCCUGGAGGUCGUCCAGGAGGAGAACAUGGUCGAGCGCGCCGAGAAGCUCGGUCACGUCUUCCGCGACGGUCUGCAGGCCAUCAAGAGCCCCAUCAUCCAGACGGUGCGCGGCAAGGGUCUGCUCAAUGCUAUUGUCAUUGAUGAGUCCAAGACCAACGGCCACUCUGCGUGGGACCUCUGCAUGCUGCUCAAAACGAAGGGGUUGCUGGCUAAGCCGACUCACGAAAACAUCAUCCGUCUGGCACCACCCUUGGUGAUCACCGAUGAGGAGGUCCAGAAGGCCUUGGACAUCAUCAAGGAAGCCGUCAACGAGCUCCCCACGCUCACCGGCGCGGCUGAGGAUGAGGUCAUUCCCCCUCCGGAGAAGAAGGUCAAGGUCAGCCUCGAGAACUAGAGGCCAGACACAACGGAGGUGACGGAUGGGAUCCUAGUGGCAAAUGCACUGGGAUGAACUUGGUACAUCGACGCAACCGCGACAGCGCCUGAAAAUCGUCAGCACCUGAGUACGGUUUAUUCCGACCAGGGACGAUGCCUUGUCGUGUCGACCAGAGGACUCGUACGGGCGCGGGAGGUUUGACUCUUGUCGAAAAAGCCCAAGCAUGAGUGAUGCGGUUGCACACCGUCUCUGCCACCUCGUGUGAGAUGCCCUGAAUUCGUAGCGCCAGUUGGAUAUCGGUCUUUAGAUGGAUGAAAGUUGAUGAUAACGCUUGAUGACCAUAAGAAUCAAAAUUCUAGCCUAGAAUGAAUUCAAAGCGAGUGUUUUCCCGAAGUUUACCUCGAAGUUUUGACAUGGUUGUAGUUGAAAAGAAAAGAGCACACGAUGUUCGAUG